CGAGGAGCUAAUGGGGGGCCUGGGGAUGAGCCUUUGGAGCCGGCCAGGGAGCCAGGGUCCCUGGACGCCGAGAGGAACGCACGCGGCUCCUUUGAGGCGCCGCGCUUCGAAGGGUCCUUUCCUGGGGGGCCGCCGCCCACUCGAGCCUUGCCUCUACCUCCGUCGUUGCCUCCUGAUUUUCGGCUGGAGACCACAGCCCCGGCUCUCAGCCCUCGCUCCAGCUUCGCCAGUAGCUCGGCCAGCGACGCAAGCAAGCCGUCGAGCCCCCGGGGCAGCCUGCUGCUAGACGGGGCGGGGGCCGGCGGAGCCGGAGGUAGCCGGCCGUGCAGCAAUCGGACCAGCGGCAUCAGCAUGGGCUAUGACCAGCGCCACGGGAGCCCGCUGCCCGCGGGGCCGUGCCUGUUCGGCCUCCCCUUGAAUACUGCUCCGGCGGGCUACUCCUCCGGAGGGGUUCCGUCCACCUACCCGGAGCUCCAUGCCGCCCUCGACCGACUGUGCGCUCGUACCCCCCAGCCCUGGGCAGCCCCGGAGCCCUAGCCGGAGCUGUGGUGGGAACAGCGGGGCCCUUGGAGAGACGUGGGGCGCAGCCCGGACGACACUCAGUUACGGGCUACGGGGACUGCGCCGCGGGGGCCCGUUACCAGGACGAGCUAACAGCACUGCUGCGCUUGACCGUGGCUACCGGUGGGCGAGAAGCCGGUGCCCGCGGGGAACCCUCGGGGAUUGAGCCGUCGGGUCUGGAGGAGUCUGCUGGUCCCUUCGUUCCGGAGGCCUCCCGAGCCCGGAUGAGGGAGCCAGAGGCCAGAGAAGAUUACUUUGGCACCUGUAUCAAGUGCAACAAAGGCAUCUACGGGCAGAGCAAUGCCUGCCAGGCCCUGGACAGCCUCUACCACACCCAGUGCUUUGUCUGCUGUUCCUGUGGACGAACUUUGCGCUGCAAGGCUUUCUACAGCGUCAAUGGCUCGGUCUACUGUGAGGAAGAUUAUCUGUUUUCAGGGUUUCAGGAGGCAGCUGAGAAGUGCUGUGUCUGUGGCCACUUGAUUUUAGAGAAGAUCCUACAGGCCAUGGGGAAAUCCUAUCACCCAGGCUGCUUCCGAUGCAUCGUUUGUAACAAGUGCCUGGAUGGCGUCCCCUUCACAGUGGACUUCUCCAACCAGGUGUACUGUGUCACUGACUACCACAAAAAUUAUGCCCCAAAAUGUGCAGCCUGUGGACAACCCAUCCUCCCCUCAGAGGGCUGUGAGGACAUCGUGAGGGUGAUAUCCAUGGACCGUGAUUAUCACUUUGAGUGCUACCACUGUGAGGACUGCCGCAUGCAGCUGAGUGACGAGGAAGGUUGCUGCUGUUUCCCUCUUGAUGGACAUUUGCUCUGCCAUGGCUGUCACAUGCAGCGGCUCAGUGCCCGACAGCCCCCUGCCAAUUAUAUCUGAGCUGUACUUCCUGCUGCUACCAUCACCCCUGUGGAGAAAUUCUCUGGCCAGUUGAGGCAAGGAAUGCAUUCUGCAAUCCUUGUGAAGAGUUCUCUGGGGAGGCCCCAAAGGCCAGAGACCCAAAGAUCCUAACAUUCCAAAUAGGCUGUGGAGGAGGGACCUUCUGAUUGCCAGGAGGGUUGGCUGGUCUUCCUUGUGUGCAGCCUGGGCUGUGCAAAUGCCUCCUAGCACACACGAGCGGGUUUCAGUACUUCCCAACAUCAGAUUCUGUUGUAUAUCUCCAGUGUAUGUUUCUAUAAAUUCAAGCAACGUCCCAGCGCUGGAUCACUCGAGAGGGCAUCACAGAAACCACCCCCAGUCUGUUGUACCCUACACAAGGGGUCAGCCAGGCCUUUCCCACAGUGCCCUAUCUUUGCAUGAAGGGCUGGGAGCCCUGGACUUCAUGAUGAGUCAUUUCUUGGCUGUCUCCCUAAGGACUAGAGAGCUUCCCAUAUGUCUGCUGGGACUGGGACCAGCUCUGGGGGUGCUGCUGCCCGUGUUGCCUGUUUCUCAGGGACCUGGGGAGGCUGAGUGGGGCCUGUCCUUGGUUGCUGUUUUGCUCAGAUGGGGGAAGUAAUGAGCAGGUCUCUGGGUGUGAAGCUUCCUGGGUGGAAUGUCCAGGAAGCUUCAGGCUGGCCCCACGCGGGGUUGAAGUGCACUGAGCCCUCUAGCCCAGCAUGUGUGGAUGCGUUUGUAUCCGCGUGUGCCUGUGCACCUCCCUCGGGGACUCCUUUUUUCUCAGGUGACUUUUACACUUAGUUCUCUAGCAGUAGCUUAUCGUUGGAGGCCCACACACAUCUAGGGAUUGAGCAUUGGAUCUGUUACAGCCCCACAGCUUAAGGCUUUGGGGAAGCUGGAGAGAACAAAAUGGUUUGACUUGGUUCUAGUCCGCUUGGCUGAGGCUUGAAUUCACCUAAGUCUGGAUGUGGCGAAGUCAGUUCACUUGCUGGCUGAAAGUUCAAUUCAUUUGAUGAGCCGGUUGCCAAGAGCUCGAUCCCCUUCUGAGUGUUUUAUAGCCGCCUAAAUGUUCUAUUCUCUUCAUUACACCGAGCAGCAUUCAGUGGUCUCUGCCUGUUCAUCAAGAGUUAUUAGCAACCUACAUUUAUCAACUUUGUGGCACUUUGUAAGUGAUAAGAUUGCUCCCUGCCUUUAUGCGCGUCUUUCCUAUGUGAUCUACUUUGCUGACACUUAAAAAAUAAGUUUAAAUCCUAGUAAUAAAUAACAAUUGGUACAGAUA